GUAAAGUUCACUUUAACCGUUGUAAGGAACGCGGUUGUUUUUGAGUGCCGCAGAGUCAACACUGGGCAAGCCGUAAUGGCGGCUCCGGCGUCGAACACGUUUUCUCUGUUUUUCGGAAUAGCGUGCUUCCGCAUGGGAACGUACUCGUAGCAGAACUUAAAGUUCUGCCACCUCUUCCAGGAAGACGCCGAAUUUCGACACAAGAUGAAGUUCGCCUUCAAAUUCUCCAACCUGAUCGGUACGGUGUACCGCAAGGGCAACCUCCUGUUCACACCCGACGGCAACACCGUCGUCACGCCGGUCGGGAACCGCCUGUCGUUUUUCGACCUCCGAAACAACAAAUCGGAGACCCUGCCUAUCGAGAGCCGGUACAACUUCACGGCCGUCGACAUCGCACCAUCGGGCUAUCUGUUUAUUGCCAUCAACGAAACGGGCGAAGCCCUGCUGUGCAGUCUGGUCAGUCGCACUGUCCUCCACCGGCACCAUUUCCGGAAACCGGUAGCCUGCGUCAAGUUCAGCCCUAAUGGGAAAUACUUUGCUGUCAGCAAGGACAAUGCAGUGUUUGUGUACAGAACGCCGGGGCACACAAGACGGGAAUACGUGCCGUUCGCGCUCGAGCGCGUCAUCACGACCGCCUAUGACGAGACGAUGUGCAUUGAGUGGUCUUCCGACUCCCGUCUGCUUGCCGUCGGAAGCAAGGACAUGUCCGUCAAGGUGUUUGCGCUCCACCGGAUGACAAACUUCGCAAUGGUGACUCUCGGCAGCCACAGCGACGUCAUCGUCAACUGCUUUUUCGAGAAGGACUCGGCCGACCUGUACACGCUGAGCCGUAACGGCCAGCUCUGCGUUUGGGAGGCAAAUUGUGAACUGGCAGAUUUUGUGUCUGCUCAAAACAAGAAGGCGUCGAAGGAGGAUAAACUGGGCGAUGAAGACGACUUGGCUGAAGGCGGCGUCACGGCUGAAAGUGACAUCACGGCUGAACAUAAUGUCUUGCCCGUGGAGAUCGACGACGAGCCGAAGCUCAACGAGAGCAAGGUCCUCUUCAGGAGAACGGCCAAGCACUUCAUGAAAGACGCACUCAAGAUGGACGGCGGCGCCGUCUCGCUGGUUGCCGCCUGCUACCAUCGCGGGAACCGCCUCUUGGCAACCGGCUUCUCGACCGGAGCCUUCCUACUGCACGAGAUGCCCGACUACAACCUGAUCCACUCGCUGUCCGUCUCGGAGCACGAGAUCGACGCCGCGGCCUUCAACUCGGCCGGCGACUGGCUUGCCCUGGCGAGCUCGCGCCGCGGCCAGCUCGUCGUGUGGGAGUGGCAGUCGGAGUCGUUCGCGCUCAAGCAGCAGGGCCACGCCAACAACAUGGCGUGUGUGGCGUACUCGCCGGAUGGCGCAUACAUCGCGACUGGCGGAGACGAUGGCCGUGUGAAGCUGUGGAACGCGUCGGACGGCUUCUGCUUCGUCACGUUCUCGGAGCAUGCCGCCGGGAUCAGCGGCGUCGCGUUUGUGCAGAGCGGGCGGGCCGUGCUGUCAGCUUCACUGGACGGCACAGUGCGGGCGUUUGAUCUGCAGCGGUACCGGAAUUUCAAGACACUGGCGGCGCCGAGGGCGGUGCAGUUUGCAUCGCUGGCAGUGGAUCCGAGCGGCGAGGUGGUCUGUGCGGGCUCACAGGACACCUUCGAGGUGUUUGUGUGGUCCCUCCAGACUGGCAGGCUGCUGGACGUCCUCGCGGGACACCAGAGCUGCGUGUCCGGGCUCUCGUUCGGGCCCGGCGCAGAGUCGGUCCUGGUCAGUUCGUCGUGGGACAAGACGUGCCGGAUCUGGAACCUCUUUGCCGAGAAAGGCGGGGGACGUGAGGCCCUGCCUCUGGCCGCGGAUGGACUUGCGGUUCAGUUCCGCCCGGACGGGCAGGAGUUUGCAGUGGCCACCCUGGACGGGGCGAUCGUCUUCUUCGAGCCCCGAUCCUCGACGCAAGUGGGCAGCAUCGAAGGGAGGCAGGACCUGGCAAGCGGCCGCCGAGACACGGAUCUCAUCACGGCCAAACGGCUGACGCGGUCGCAAGCCUUCACCACGCUGUGCUACACGGCCGAUGGCGAGUGCAUCCUGGCCGCGGGGCGCUCCAAGUUCGUCUGCAUCUACCACGUGCGCGAGCAACUCCUGCUGAAAAAGUUCGAGAUCAGCUGCAACCACUCUCUGGACGGCAUCGACGACUUUGUCAGCCGCCGGAAGAUGACGGAAUUCGGCAACAUGGCACUCGUGGAAGAACGAGAGGCCGCUCAAGAAGCCGCGCUCUCGCUGCCGGGGGUCAAGAAGGGAGACCUCUCGAGCCGCGGCUUCAAACCCGAGGUUCGAGUUUCUGGUGUCUGCUUCUCGCCGACCGGAAGGUCGUGGGCCGCGGUCACGACGGAGGGCGUGCUCGUGUACUCCCUCGACCAAUCACUAGUGUUCGAUCCAUUCGAGCUAGAACAGAAUGUGACACCGGCAACGAUUCGUGCGGCUGCAAAAGAGAAGGACUACGCUCGUGCGAUCACGACGGCGUUUCGGCUCAACGAAGACGCACUCACGACGGAGGUCGUCGAGAGCGUGCCUCCGGAGAGCGUGGAGCUGGUCGCGAGGUCGCUCCCUCAGGUCUACGUCGAAAAAUUGCUGGCGUUCCUAGGCGGGAGGUUGGAGUCGACAACACACGUGCAGUUCUACGUCGAGUGGAUAGACAGCUUGCUGAGGCAGCACGGCGAGGCGUUAAAAGAGAGGUCGGGGAAAGCAAUGGCUACGCUGAGGACGCUGCUGAAGAAUGUGACGUUGCGGCACGCAGAGUUGGCGAAGGUGUGCGACCACAACAAGUAUCUGCUGAGGUACGUUGAGACGUUGAGGGAGCUGAAGGAGAGGAAGGGUGAAAAGGGCGAAGCAGACGAUGCGGACAAAGAAGCGGACGAUGCGAUGUCGUCUGAUGUGGACAGUGAGGACAUGUUGGUGUCGUAGUCUGCAAAUAUCAUUUUUGUUUCUUUAAAUAAAUAAAAAGAAUGACUAAAAUGGA